AUGCGCUUGACAAUGGAUAGAUCAUCUAUUGGUCUUUUACUUCUCCUCGUCAGCAUUACUUCAUUUUCAGUGACAUGUUGUUAUUCGGCUUCUGAAGAUGAUCUAAUGCAGACUUAUAUUGUAUACACUGGAAAUAGCAUCAAAGAUGAAUCUUCUUCAUUGCUGCUACACUACGAAAAUUUGCUACAACAAGUUGUUGACAGCAAUCAAAUGCCAAAGCCAAUACUUCAACACUACAAGAGGAGUUUCAAUGGAUUUGUCGCAAAUCUAACAAAGAAAGAAGCUGAUAGAAUGGCUGGACUUGAUGGGGUGGUGUCUGUUUUCCCGAAUAAAAAGCGAAAACUCCUUACAACCAAAUCAUGGGAUUUUAUUGGCUUUCCGCAGAAUGUGCAAAGAGAAAACUAUGAAAGUGAUGUUAUCGUUGGUGUAAUUGAUUCUGGAAUUUGGCCAGAGUCCGAAAGUUUCAACGAUAAAGGUUUCAGUCCACCACCAUCCAAAUGGAAGGGCACGUGCCAGACUUCUGAUGUUCCCUGCAAUAAUAAAUUAAUCGGAGCUAAGUAUUAUAUAUCUUUUUAUGAUGAACCCUCGAGUGAAGAAUAUCUUGAUUCACCAAGGGAUUCAAAUGGCCAUGGAACUCACACAGCAUCAAUUGCAGAUGGGAACCUUGUUAGCAUGGUGAGCAUGCUAGGUCUUGCACAAGGAACAAUAAGAGGAGGAGUUCCAUCUGCACGCGUUGCUGUGUAUAAAGUGUGUUGGUCUAAACACUGCUACGAUGCAAAUAUUCUCGCCGCAUUUGAUGAUGCAAUUGCAGAUGGGGUUGAUAUAUUAUCAGUCUCACUUUCAUCAAAUGAAAACGAAGAUUCUAUCUAUUUCAGAGAUGGAUUGUCCAUUGGAUCAUUCCAUGCUAUGAAACAUGGAGUGCUGACAAUAUUCGCAGCAGGGAACGCGGGCCCACAUCCUUCAUCCCUACGAAAUUUUUCACCCUGGGCCGUUGUUGUGGCUGCUAGUACGUUAGAUAGGAAGUUUGUUACCAAGAUCAAAUUAGGUGACAAUAGAACUUAUGAGGGUGUCUCUUUGAACACAUUUGACCUCGAGGGGAAACUAUAUCCAAUUAUCUAUGGUGGAGAUGCACCAAAUAAACUAGCAGGCUACAAUCGUCACCAAUCCAGGAAUCCAAUUGCAACUAUAUUCAAGAGCAAUGAGUUAUUAGAUACUUUGGCACCUGUUGUUGCUUCUUUCUCAUCAAGGGGUCCAAGCAAUGCCACACUUGAGAUUCUUAAGCCGGAUUUAAUUGCGCCUGGAGUAGACAUUAUAGCAAGUUGGCCCGCAAGAUCUCCUAUUUCUGAAAAUCUUGGUGAAAAUAGAAAGUUGGAGUUCAACAUUAUGUCUGGAACAUCAAUGUCCUGCCCACAUGUGUCAGGUGCAGCAGCAUACCUUAAAUCAUUUCAUCCUACAUGGUCACCUGCAGCUCUCCGUUCAGCUCUAAUGACAACAGCCAAACAAAUGUCUCCAAAAAAUAACCAUUGUGCUGAAUUCGCUUAUGGAGCCGGUCAAAUUGACCCUGUAAAGGCAGUGAAUCCUGGCUUAAUAUACGAGACAAAUGAAGGAGACUACAUACGUCUUUUAUGUGGUCAAGGUUUCAAUGAGACAGUUUUACAACUAAUCACAGAGGAAACAAUCAGUUGCUCUGAGAUCGGAUAUGCGACUGCAAGGGACUUAAAUUACCCUUCAUUUGCUCUCAAAGCCCCACACCCCAAACAUUAUUUAAGUGGAAGCUUCAAAAGGACCGUUACAAAUGUUGGAUUGGCAAUGUCAACAUACAGAUCAAUUGUGACAUCUCAUGAAGGUCUCAACAUUUCAGUGAAUCCUAGUGUUCUGACAUUCACUUCACUAGGAGAAAAACAAACAUUUGUUCUCGCUGUAAAUGGAAGAAUGAAAAAUUAUCUUGAGUCAGCUUAUUUGAUUUGGGAUGAUGGUAGGUUUCAAGUGAGGAGCCCCAUUGUUAUAUUUGAUGAGAGGGCAGAGAAAGGGAAGGGUGCCAAAUCAUAUUGUAUACAUUACAUCUAUAUUGUAAUUUUGAAUUUACUAUUUUAUAUUAUUAUUGUAUAAAUUUUAUACUUUUUCAAAAGGAAAAUUACAUUGCAUACUUGUUAAAAUUACAUGAAAUAUAUGUUGUUUUGUUCAUUAACACAACAUCUUUGAGGUUUAGUAACAUUUGAAAAUUGUAACCAAAGCAAGAAAUAUGUUACUAUUUCAAUUUAGCAACAUUUCAACAAAUGUUAGGUAAAGUCUAUGUUACUAAAAGACUUCAACAACAUUUUUGCAUAUUAUCAAUAACAUUUGUUAACUGUUACAUGUCUAUAUUUAUUUAUAACACUUGCGAUUAUCAUUAGUAGCAUGAAAUAAAUGUUACCACUUUAUGUUUCUUGUAGCAUGCAAAGUAUGUUACUAUUUUGUAUACAAAAGUUGAUUAGCUAUUGAGUUUUUGUAGUUAAUCCACCGCAUUUGCCUAAUAAAACUUGAAAAUAUCAACCAAAGUUUAAGCCUUCACAUAACAUUGUUCAUUUAUCACAUAUUCUG